CAUCAUGAUCUGAGCUACCCAUGUUCAUGAUUGGCCAUGCCCCUGCUAGUUUGGACGAAUUGUUUGCGACAAGGCUGUGGUCAAUUACGCUUCUCGUUCUCGUCGCCUUGCCAUCCGCUUGCUUUUUCCUCCGACAACAACCAAUAACCUCGACGAAAUUUGUUCCCGAUUUCGCAUUCAACGUUACAGAACUCUUCUAAUUCGAGGCUGCAGCCGUCGCGGCGAGCCAAUCACCAUCGCAUCAUGACCGACUGGACCAGGCUUAGGGUCGUCGACCUGAGAGAGGAGCUCAAGCGUCGCGGUCUCUCAUACAAUGGUCUGAAGGGGGAGCUGGUAGCGCGAUUGACCGAGGCCGAAAACGAGCCUGUCCAAGACGAGUCCGAAAUCGAGGACGCACCUGCCCAAGACGAGUCGGUCGCAACCGAACCUAUACCUGCAGAGCCCGACGUCGAAGCGCCCGAAAUUGCGGUCGAAGAGCCUGUGGAGGACAACGUAUCCCAGGAGGAAUCCAAAGAGAAAGAAAAAGCGCCCUCGGCGCCUGAUGAAAGUGAAGAGAAUGGAGCCGGAAGGGAUUCACUGCCAGAGGAGACGAAGAAUAGCGUUUCCGACGAUGCGGACCCAACGCCAGUAACUGGCCAAGAAGCUGAACCACAACCGACCGAGCAAACCCCAGCGGACGAGCCGAUGCAAGACACCGUGGAGGAAGCAAACACUACCGAGGAUCUUUCUCCGGCUCAACCAAUUGAGGGUUCUAUACCGGCACCGGAUUCACAGGAGAGCCUGAAGCGAAAACGUCGGUCUCUCACCCCGCCACCUAGCGAGGAAGCAAUCGCGCGCAAACGCGCCCGCCCGGACGAAAGCGCAACAAACGGCCAAACUGCCCCUCAAGUCAUUUUUCCCGAAGAUCAGGAAAUUCCCCAGACCGAAUCGCUGCCUGAGGAUAUGAAAGUGGACGAGCAAACUCCAGAGAAACCUCGAGUGCAACCUCGAGUGCAACCUCAGGAGCAAACCACACACGAGACUCGAGACUCGGAAAAUUCACCACCCACCAAACCUCGAGACUACCAACAAGAAAUGGAGUACGAGAGGGACGUCGCACCGGCAGUGCACCCUGCUACCUCGGCGCUGUACAUCAAGAAUUUUAUGCGCCCCCUCCGACCCCACGAAGUCCAGGCGCAUCUCGCCGACCUCGCAACACCCCGGGGCGACGUCACCGACGACGAUGUCAUUGUCGACUUCUUCCUCGACCAAAUCCGCACCCAUGCCUUCGCUACCUUCAAGUCGACCUCGGCCGCAUCGCGCGUCCGCACCGCUCUGCACGACACCGUGUGGCCCAACGAGAGCAACCGCAAGCCCCUUUGGGUGGACUUUGUGCCUCCAGAGAAGGUCAGGGGUUGGAUCGAGACGGAGGAGUCGAGUGGGCGCCGGGGACCCCGUUGGGAGGUCGUCUACGAAGAUGGCCCCAACGGCGAGAUCGAAGCACGUUUUGAAUCGGGCAACGCCUCUUUCUCCCGCCAGGGCAACCGCCCACCUCCCGGUCCCGCCGCCAACUCCGCCGACUCCAUCCCCCUCGGCCCUCGCGGCUACCGCGAUGUCGGCGGUCCUCCAACAGGUCCUCGCGCCGUACGCCCAGGGUCCGGUCCUGGCCCACGCCCUCCUCCCUCCGCCCCCGGCGGCGACACCAAGCAGACCAGCGCUCAGCCCGCCGUCUACUACCAACCCGUAUCCGAGGAUCUCGCGCGCCGCCGCAUUGAAAACAUGCGCUCCUUCUAUACCUCCGACCGCAACCGUGACGUCGGCCGUGAGAUCAACCGGUACUCCUUCGAGAGCGGCGACAACUUCGUCGACCGUGGCAAGGAGAUCUUCGAGGGUAUUCGUCCGCCCCACCGCGACGGCGGCAACUUCGAUCGUGACCGCCGCGGAUUUGGCGGCGGCGGCGGUCGUCGUGGCCGUGGAGGUCGUGGCGGCCGUGGAAGCGGCUUCCGACCCAGAAGCGACCGCUACCUGCCCGGCCAGGGCUCCGGACGCGACGAUCGCCGGUCUCGCUUCAACGACAACGACGUGGGCCGCGAUUCGCCGCGAAACGACGAUGACCGCGAGUCCUUCCGCAGCAGGGACACCAGGGAUCGUCGAUACUGAACGCAGUUACCUACCAAGUCAGGGUUGAAUAAAGGGGUAAUGACGUGUACAUGAACAAGGCGUGUUAUCAAAAAGCGCGACGAAAUAAGGCGUCGUCUGCACCAGGAAAACAAAAAGGAACAGGGAGGAGUGAAUACACAGCAAGUUCGAGGAUCCGGUCUUGCCAUCUGAACACAGAAAAUGGCAUUAGGCAGACCGGCGUGCAUGGGGGUUUAUAUAAACCAAGGCGAAAACUGCAUCUCACCGGUGUAGUCUGGCUGAGAUGAUAAUACAAUCAUACGUAUACAAGCAUGGCCGUUCAGUGUUCCGGGUCUAUUGAACCCGUGAAUCCCCUUUAAGUGCCUUCUGAUUUACCAUACCAAGUUUCACAGGCAUAGU